AUGGCUCCAUCGUCGACGUCGCAGCGACCCAACAGAAAUGCACUACGGCCGACUCUGCGCGCGCCAUCGCGUCUCGACGGCGCCGAUGGAGAUGGACGUCAUGCUCAGCAGGCGGGACGCUCUUCAACCCAUUUGAACGCCCAGGCAUCGGCGCAUUUUCUCCGAGAAUCCUCUCGUUCUAGCUCUCGAGAGACUCGAAAUGCGCGGCCAAACGUUCCAGCCCCAGCCGCAAUGCCUCUCGCUGCACCACAGCGAAUACAAUGCAAUAUUCCGCCACACGCUCCUCCCGUCUCAUCCCCGCUGAACCCAGCAUCCUCGGACUCGAGCAGCGGCCGCAAAGACAGCGACGCCAGCGCUGAGGCAUCGAAUCGGGCAUCCAGUCCUCGGCGUCCUGCCGGUGGCGAUGGCACGACUAGCACGUCCGGGGAGCAGACAGUUUCCGAUCGCUCUUUCUUGGCAUUACCAGACGCAUCCUCUCAACUGGACUCGAGCUCAAGUCUCACCAGACUCCACACGCCUAGGUCGGUGCGGGAUCUUGGAUCAGACUACACUCGUUACUUUAAUCCAUUCGCUACGAACAAUAAUUCUCAGCAAGACUUAUCGGCGCCAGAUGGUCCACCCGGCCAAACCGGAGCGACAACGGACCUUUCGAAGCGCUUGUCCAAUCCCUUCAAGGAUGACAAGCGCUCCAGCUUGUAUGAGUCGACUGAAGACAUCUCAGCUCCGCGCCCGUCAAUACUAAGGCGGCGGACAAGUCCCGAUGAAGACGGGAUCGCUGUCUGUGCAACGGCUCCUCCAACGAGAGUCGGGACUCCUGCCUUCAUAAAUGACGCCGAUCCCGAGAAAUCGCCCAUCUUCUCCUACAUGGACGACCGAUUCGGCGCGCCCUGUGCUUUCCCACUUUACAACGAUCAGCAAGAGGAUGACGAUGAUAUGCACAUGCCGCGGUGGGAUGACGACAAGACGUACAGGCCGAAGCUGAAGGAUCGAUUUUCAAAGGAGAAUUUGAUCAACACUGUAGGCAUGAUCUUCCUGACACUAGGCUUGGGAACCAUCUUUGUUGCACUGCCCAUCAUCUCAUUUACGGGCACAAAUCUUAUACCCAGCCCGUAUGAGACGCCGGCCAAUGAGACAGGCAUGGGUGAGAUAGCCGAACCGUGGGCACAUGUAAACGACAAUCUGUACCCGCUGCUGCAAAACGUCAGGACCGGGAUCAUUGACCCAGACACUCCCGCUUCGGCCAUGACUCGUAAGGGCGUCGACGGAGACAACCUGAAGCUAGUUUUCAGUGAUGAGUUCAACGAGAAGAACAGAACCUUCUAUCCUGGAGAUGAUCCUUACUGGUUUGCGCCGGACAUCUGGUAUGGAGCCACGCAGGAUUUGGAAUGGUACGAUCCUGACGCGGUCGAUACUGGUAAUGGCACUCUACAGAUCCAGCUUGAGGCUUUUCAAAACCACAACCUGCCAUACCGCUCUGGCAUGCUCAACUCCUGGAACCAGCUAUGCUUCAAAGGUGGCGUUUUCGAGAUUUCCAUGAGUUUGCCGGGGCCCGCUGGAGUUCACGGCCUUUGGCCCGGUGCCUGGACAAUGGGCAAUCUUGGACGCCCAGGCUAUACUUCCACAACAGACGGGGUGUGGCCCUACACAUACGACGACUGCGAUUCUGGCAUCACACCCAAUCAGUCGGCGACGGAUGGAAUGAGCUUCCUUCCAGGUCAGAAAUUGUCGAGUUGUGCAUGUAAGAAUGAGGAUCAUCCUACCCCUGAGACUGGCCGUGGCGCACCUGAAAUCGAUAUUGUCGAAGUCAGUGCAGACUGGGCGAACCGGGGCUUUAGUGUUGCAACACAGUCGUACCAGGUUGCGCCCUUUGACAUCUUCUACUAUCCAAACUACCAAUACAUGGAAACGCCCAACUACCAGUUCAGCUACGUCAACACUUAUACUGGCGGACCAUUCCAGCAGGCAGUUUCCACGACGACCAUACUCAACAACGACUGGUACGAUGGGAAGGCCUAUCAGAAGUAUUCGUUCGAAUACACGCCUGGCGGUGGUAAGGACGCCGGCAUUGCGUGGUUUGUAGGCGACGACGAGAUGAUGCGGUUCGAUGGCCGCGCAAUCGGUGAAAGCGGGAAUGUGAAGCAACGCCUGGUCUCUGAAGAGCCAAUGUCCAUGAUAAUCAAUCUCGGGUUAUCUCACAGCUGGGUGGACAUCAACUGGGAAAAGUUGAAGUUCCCAACCGUUCUGCGGGUCGACUAUGUGCGAUGGUAUCAGCCAGACGGGCAGGAGAUUGUGACAUGCGAUCCACCUGGGUAUGAGACGACAGAGUAUAUCAAGUCUCAUCCGGCAGCGUACAACAAUCCGAAUCUGACGAGAUGGCAAGAUACAGGAUACUCGUGGCCCAAGAAUACGUUAAUGCAUGGGUGUUCGGCAUGA